CACACACACUGACCAAUAAGAAAUGUCUGUAUCCGUUUCCAGGGUAACGUAACUGCUUAAGGCGGAUCCUCUGCUUUCACUCUGGCUUGCUUAGCCGAGUCUACUCACGCUAUAGUUCGGUACAAAAUGUAGUUUAGAAAAACAAUAAGUAUGUAGCUGGAGGACGUGAUCGUGGGCAAGUGUCUUAAGGUGGAUAUAAGCAGUGCCGGCUUGUGGGAGACAGCGCGGGACUGAGUCCAUGGCUGUGGUCCCAGCACCUCUCUGUAAUGGAUGGCAGCUCUUGCUGUGGUCAUGCCAGAUGUAGAACCUUUGCCAUGUGAGUAUUCCCCAGCAGCCUCCUCUGCUGGCUGCAGCAUGGACCUGGAACCUUGCUUCAGCGAGUUGCCAGAUCCUCUUUCGGUACUUGGCCCCCCACUAUCCAGUUUCCCUCAACACAGAAACCCCUCAUACAUCAACCUAGAUGCACCAGUGAAUCGCUGUCCAGCAGGACCCAACAACAACCUCCUUAGCAACAUGGGGCUUAAGUACUGUUCCACCAGCAAUGUGCAUCCACUGAAACAACCAGAGUCUCAGUCCAGCAACCAGGCAGGGCAACUCUCACAGAGCUGUAUCAACUUGGGCAAUAAUCGACUAUACCGUAGCCUGGAAAAUCUGCACUGGAAUGCAGACCCUGGUAUGUAUACUUACAGAAGCAUGGAGAGUGAGUUUGUUCUCCACUGUACCUCCAGCAGUCAGUGGUAUGAUGGAUCUUCUCAUGGAUCACAGGUCUACGCUAUGAUGCACUCCCCCGAGAACAUGGCUUUCUGUCCUCGUCAGGGACUAAUGAGGAAGGACUUGCCUCUCUUUCCACAGUGGCUUUUUCCUGCUGUGGAGGACUGGGCCUUGAAUGGAAAUGCCCGGAAAGGCCUGAGAGACAAACUUCGUCUUCAGAGCACUCGUGUGGCUGAGCCUAACAAGCCCCUUCGCCCUCAGCCUUUGCUAAGUAACACCCUGCAUCCUUUUAGCAAUCAUGAAAUAGCAUCACAUUUUGGUCAUCUCUCAUCCCCAGGACAGGUGAAUGGCAAGAAAGAGCUGUAUGCUCGCCGUAUCACCAGCCAAGAGGAAAUCAAGCAGGAGGUGAUGCGGCGGCUACAGCUUCACAGGCAGAGGAGCACUCCUAACCUGGCACUCAGCUCCAGCCAGGAAACCAACUUCAGUAAGUCACACACCUCUGAACAUCUCAACAGUACUGCCCAGUCUGCACCUGAGAGGAAAAGACCUCCCAUGAGUCGCUUGCACAUCCCGACAUUUGAAGAGUUCAAGAGGAUGAGGCAAAAAGAGGGUACUGAUGGCCUGCAUUCUUCAACAACGCCACCUUGUGGAGUAGCCAGACAGGAUAGAAAAUGCAGAGAGGGAAACUGUGAAGAGAAACUUAAAGACAGAUUACAUAAUGAGGCUAAAAUGGUCACAGAAGUCUGGCAAAACUGCAGCACAACUGAUUCAGCCCAUCCAUGUGGUUCCAGUGGAGAAGAGUCAAGUAACGGCAGGUCCACUGAAGAAGAUUCACAUGCCCCAAUCUGCACAGGACCUGUACCUCGCUCUCCUCUGCAACCCCAGAGUACCACUGCAGGAGAAGAGCACACUGAGAAAGCAGGAGACUCUGGAAGUAUGGAUCCAGCUCUGGUCCCUUUCCCUCCCAACAGGGAGAGUGCUGAGGGGGCAUCAACCUGCUGUCCUGCCAUACUACUGGAUGGGAAAGAUCUCUCUAACUAUGGAGCCAAGAUCUACAAGAUGAAGGCAGACCUCCUUGGAUCAGCGCUGGACCUCAUAAAGAAGAGCUGCAGUGCAGAAAUCAGCGCCAAAGCCCCCGUCAGGCUGUCACAUGACCAGCACGACGGUACUGACAUCACCACUCCACAGCCCAGGUGUCAAUCUUCCUGCGUUGCCAUGACAAUGCCAGCCUGCAGACAGGAGGCUUGCAGUGAAGCUACUGGACGAGAAGAGCCAAGAGAAUGCAAGCUCUUUGGGUUGGGAUGCAGGCGCUCCAGCUCAGACGCAACUUAUGAGCCGGCUGGAUCGGUGAGGGCGCAGCGGGAGUGUCGCCUGCGCCCUCACUACAGUGACCCAAUGCCCACUGACGCUGCCAAGCGCAAGCAGCUGGAGAUGAAGAUUGCUGCAGCUGCACGUCUCCACAGUCAACGCAGGGACCGAGAUAGUGGUAUGCGCACAGUUAGGGGCCACUCUGAGCCUCGAGGAGAAGGUCGGAAUGGACGCCUGGGUGUGAAUCGUGUGUGUCAGCACCGCUGGAGCACAGUAAGUAGUGUGAGUGCAGACAGUGGCGUGGUAGGGCUGAGCGAUGAGCGUGAGGAUGAGGAGGAGCCACGCCAGACUCGCUGCAGUGCCGGGUCUGACGUGGAGCGAGUGGACAGUGGUAUCGGGUCUGGACUAGCACCGAUCUGGAAAAGACCCUCAGAAUCAUUUAAAACAUGGGAGGCUCAGCGGCCAUGUCCAGACUGUGGCCACCGAGACACCACUCGAGAGGAGGGCAUGUGUGAGCGAUGCUCAAAGUUACGGACUGAGCGCAAGGAGGCCAUUCUGGAGUUCCUCAACACAGAGUCAAGUUACGGCGAGGAUCUGCGCAUCAUCAAGGAAGAGUUUUACUUCCCCAUGCAGAGUGCAGGGCUGCUCACAGCCGAACAGUUAACUGUGGUCUUCAGCAAUGUGCAAGAGCUUAUUGAUGUGAAUGACAGGUUCACCGAGCAUCUGCAGGACAACAUUGACCAAGCACUCGAUCAGGGAGAUGAAGAUCUGCUCACAGUAUGCAUUGGAGAAAUCUUCUUGGAGUUUGUCAACAUGCUACCAGCCUUUCAAACCUACUGCUUGCAGCAAUCAACAUCUGUCAACAUGCUUAACACACUGGAGAAGGAAAAAGAGUUGCUUAGGAUUUUCCUUGAUGUAUCCCAGAAUGACAAUACGGCCCUGCGUCGCAUGAAUCUGCGCUCCUUCCUCAUGGCUCCAUUGCAGCGUGUGACCAAGUAUCCGCUGCUGUUGAGCCGUAUCAUCAAGGCCACCAACGAAUACCACCCUGAUUACGAGCGUCUGAAGGAGGCCAAAAGUCGUGUGGAGUCUCACCUGGAGCACAUCAACAUGAAGAGCAAGCAGGAGGGCACAGCCACGUGGUCUCUGCGCUCCUUCAGGCGUGAGAGCCGCAAGAACCGUGAAGUGAUAAACAUUGAGAUGAGAGAGACAUCCAUGAAGCUUGUAGGCUGGGCUCGUGAGAGCACGCGCUUUAUUAUGGAGGGUCCGCUGCAGAUCUCGCAGCCUGCUGAUGGCCAGUGGGUGAAAAAAGGCAGCAAGUCCCUAAAGUUCCAGAAUGUUCAAAGCCUGCUAAUGGUGCACACGGCAGAUGGAGGGCUACGUGGAGACCAGACAGAGACCUUUGAGACCGUGCAGGAUGGUGUGCUUGUACUGAUUAAAGAUAAAAGCAGUGGCAAGUUUGCUGUACUGCGUGAGCCCAUCCAUCUGGCUAACUGUGUGGUUUCGACCGACCCGGACUGUGAUGACACGUUCGAGGUGCUGGACAUCCGACGCGAAGCCUUUGUUUUACGUGCCCCUGACAAGUCACGUACACAGCAAUGGUUUCGUCUAAUUAAGAGGUACGCGUGUGAUCUGGGCCUGUGGAAAAAAAGACGCAACGCACUCCCUAAUAUAAUGAUCAACACGUCCCAGAGCCGUUCUUGAGACUUAUUUAAGCAACUGGUGGAAAUCAUUUCAAAAAUAUUUAAUUGACAGUAUUACGUUAUGGGAAAACAAAUGUUUGAUGAUUUGGCCAGAAAAGUGCACUUUCUUUAGGUAAACACUGACGCAACAAAAUGGGGGGGGGGAUCAGCUUUUGGUGGACCCAAAUGAGAAUGUGGUUGGGAACAUCACUGGCCACAGAUUGUGCAAUUUGCUAUUGACAUAAAUGUUUUCAAUAAUUAUUUGUAACAGCAUGAGUGAAAAUAUUUGUUUAAAAAUUAUACAGAGAAAGAAAAUUAUCAUUAGAAAUCCUUUUUAACAAAGACACACAAAAGUGACAAAUAGUGUAAUGUGUGAAUACUGAGCCAGAUUUCAUGUGGGUUUUUUUUUUCCCCCAUUAAGAUAUGUCACAGCUCUCUUCCUGUUUUCUUUAGUCUGCAAAAUGACUAAAUGUUCCAUUUCCACUACCAGUGAAGCGUUCAAGGCAAUUUGCGUUUGUGUCACUGUAAUUUAAUUUGAAGCUAUAAUGAGCUACUCACGCCAUCUGAAUCCUAAAAGACUCAUAUACCUGCAUCAUCACUGUGCUGGGGGAACAAAGCAGCAAUAACUAACAAGCACAUUGUAGCUACAGUACACUAAUGCUGGUUUUAAUUCACCAUUCUCCUUACUGACACACUGCAGUAAGAUAAACAUAACAACAUUUGUUUUAUAUACAUAUACAGUAGCAAGUCUUUUAUCAAUCAGUAAUGUUGAUUUCACUAAUUGCUGUUGCCACACUAAAGUUAGUGGUGAAACUGCAUCUGGUCACAAUAUAGUAGCAGUAACUUUAAAUUUUGGAGUGUCAGAAAGAGAUCUUCCAAAACCAAGAAACGUUAACCAUUUGAUAAAUGAUAGGAAAGAAAACUGCGUGCCUUUCGUUUGAUUGCCUACUGACGCAUCAGAGCCUGUUUCCCCCGCUCCAAUUAAAUCUUAUGAGAAAAUGUGUUGUUCUCUAAACGUCUCCCACAAUCUCCAUCAAGCUAAGAGAAAGUCUUAUUUUCUGUUUAAUGCACUUUAGCCUAUGAUGUGGAAAUAUUUGUUUUAAUUAUUAAAAGCUUUACUCUUUAUUUUCAAACCAAGAAAGCUGAUGGUUGACUUGAGCAAUAUCCAUCAACCAAAUCAUCUAGUAUGGCAUCCAUCCAUCCAUCCAUUUUCUAUACCGCUUAUCCUACAGGGUCAUGGGGAACCUGGAGCCUAUCCCAGGGAGCAUGGGGCACAAUGUGGGGUACACUCUGGAAGUGGUGCCAAUCCACCACAGGACACAAUCACAUACACAUUCACACACCCAUUCAUACACUACGGACACUUUGGACAUGCCAAUCAGCCUACCAUACAUGUUUUUGGACUGGGGGAGGAAACCGGAGUACCCAGAGGAAACCCCCGCAGCACGGGGAGAACAUGCAAACUCCACACACACAGAGCAGCGGCGGGAAUUGAACCCCCAACCCUCAAGGUAUGAGGCGAACGGGCUAACCUUGCACCCAAUCUAGUAUGCCAUUUUCCAAAGUUGUCCUAAUGCUAAAUAUAAUUAAUAUUUUAAACACGUACUUGCUGUUACAUUUCCCUUAUGAGGAUGCAUAAUAUGUGACAUAAUUCAAAUUAAAUUGUAAAACAUUUGCAUUUUUGUGUAAAGCAGUGUAAUUUCAAUUUCAGUGUCUAAACUUGUCAGAUUCUGCCAUAUUUAAAAGGUUACAACAAUUCUUACAUUUCCAAUGGCACUUUCUCAUCCCCAUACUACAAAUGGGAUUUUGGGAGGGAAUUUUUUAAAAGGCAUGCAUUUCAGGGAAGUGUAAA